AAUGAAAAUAUCUGGAAAGUGACAGAAAAAAAAAUAAAUAAAUAAAACAACUCCAUCUCUUUCCUAAAGUGAGUGCCAGUUCAAUUCGAAGUUGAGUUCAUCGAAAACAUUUCCCCUGCCCUGCCAAACAAUAACAUCACCACCCACAACAAUCUUUGGCACGUGCCCCACAAAUGGAUAGACCACCACCAUCAAUGGCGGACAACAUAUUGGAUCGAGAACUAUCUUCUCCAAUUGCUACAAAUCAAUAUCAGCAGCAACAACAACGCCAACCACGACCAGAAAAAGAUGACACAGAUUUCGGCAAUGGCCGCUCAGCCACAAAUGAAAUACCAUCACGUACCGGCACUGUCGCCGCCAGUAGUCCAUGUCAAUAUGAAAAGCGUGAACGAGUUGUCAUUACCAAAAAUGUUAUCGUUAUUGGUCUGGCGUUUAUGAUACACUUCACAGCGUUCCAUGGCACCUCGAAUCUCCAGAGUUCGGUAAAUUCCGAUAAGGCAUUGGGCACCACAACGUUGGCUGUCAUUUAUGGGUCAUUAAUUCUGUCGAAUAUAUUCCUGCCAAUGUCGGUGAUAAGAUGGUUCGGCGUCAAACUCACCAUGGCCCUGUCGUUCUUUGCCUAUAUGCCCUAUAUAGCUGCCCAGUUUUAUCCACGUUUCGUAACCCUGAUACCAGCUGGUCUUAUGGUUGGUUUUGGCGGUGGCCCUCUAUGGUGUGCCAAAUGUACCUACCUCUCAACGGUGGCUGAGGCCUUGACUUAUGUUUCGGGCCACAAAUCACAAAAGGAUGAUAACACUGUGAAAUUCUUUGGCCUUUUUUUCAUCUUCUAUCAAAUGGCCCAGGUAUGGGGAAAUCUGAUAUCAUCAUCGGUUCUAUCGCUGGGUGGUCCUGCGGGCGAAAAUACUACAUCUGCGAAUGACACCUCACAUUUGGUGGGAGAGUUGUGUGGAGCGAAAUUUUGUCCCAGCAUUAAGGCGGAGGUUAAUCCAAAUUUAACACCUCCCGAACCGAGUAAGAUCCAAUUAUUGAACUCGAUAUUUUUGGCCUGUAUGGUGGGAGCGGUAUUGUUGAUUAUUUUUGGAGUGGAUUCGUUGAAAAGAUAUGGAGCCAAGAAGGGGGAGUCUGGCGGCAAGGACGCCUCUGGCUGGAAGUUACUGCUGUCCACCCUGAAUAUGUUGAAGAAGCGCAGAUUGCUGCUGAUGUUACCCAUCACCAUGUUCAUUGGCUUGGAGGAGGCAUUUUUGGCAGUGGAUUUUACCAAGUCCUUUGUAGCCUGUGGUUGGGGCAUCUCAAACAUUGGCUUUGCCAUGAUUUGUUUCGGUGUUGCCAAUGCCAUUGCGGCCGGCUUCGCGGGAGGUAUUGCUGAAAAAUUCGGACGGAUUAAUCUGGCAAUACUAUGUGCCUUUUUGAAUCUCUCGCUCUUCGGCUAUAUGUAUUUCUAUGAGGCGAAACAGGGUGACUACAUGAAAUAUUGUGCCUUUGCUGCCAUAUGGGGAAUAUGUGAUGGUGUUUGGUUGGUUGUUAUCAAUGCAUUUUAUGGCAUCCUGUUUCCCAAAGACUUGAUAGCCGGUUAUAGCAACUUUCGUCUGUGGGAAUCGACGGGUUCGGUCAUUGGCUAUAUUAUAAGCUCACAGUUUUGUACUUCACUGAAAUUGAUUAUUUUGAUUUGCGUCCUGUUAAUAGGGUGUACCGGCUAUGGCAUUUGUGAAUAUCGUGUCAGCAAAAAAUAUAAACAAUUAGAUGUUGUUAUAAGUGAAAAUAUUUAAUUUUUGUAUUUUGAUUUGUUUUUAAUAAAACUUGUUUUAUAAGGAUAUAAUAGCC